GAUUUCACUGAUUUCUCAGCAUAUAUAAACCGUUGGCUGGUCGACUUUGAAGCAUCAGUUCUACCACUGUUUCAAGUCUAGACAACCUCACAUCACACUCCCAACAUGAAGUUUAUCGUUCUCGCUGCUGUUUUCGCCGUUGCUGCUGCCAAUAAUGCUUACAACAAGGCACCUGUUUACUCUGCCCCGUCCUACAAAUCUCCAGCUUAUUCCGCUCCGGCCUACUCCGCACCGGAGGAAUACCCCGCCCAGCCCUACAGCUACUCGUACAACGUGAAGGAUGAGCCAUCUUACAAUGACUUUAUCCAUUCCGAGAGCACCGACGGAAAAGUAACCACUGGCUCUUACAAAGUCGCUCUCCCCGACGGCCGCACCCAGAUCGUUUCCUACAAGGCCGACAGCUAUGGUUACAACGCUGACGUCAAGUACGAAGGCGAGGCCAGACAUCCCGAAUACAAGCAGUCCGAUUACAAAGCGCCAGCUUACCCUUCUCCGACCUACUCUGCUCCGGCCUACUCUGCCCCAGCCUACAAGGCUCCAGAGUACAAAGCUCCCGCACCCGCCUACAAGGCUCCCGCUUACUCUGCCCCAGCCUAUAAAGCCCCCACCCCGGCCUACAAAGCCCCAGCGUACUCCGCUCCUGCCUAUCCUAAAUAUUAAGUGCUCAUAAAUUGUACAUUUCCUCAUUUACAGAUAAUUUUAUAUGAAUAUACAUUAGAUCGUGAAGAAA